GGCCGCCGCCCGGACUGCGCGUGCGUGCUUAGGGUUGCGCUGAGUCGGGCCAGGCGCCGUCUCCUAGGGUAGCGGUGCGAGGAGGUUGCGGCCAUGUUGUUCUCCGUUCCUUUCCGGUCCGUCCUUGGACGUUCGGUGAAGCAGAUUUGCUGUAUUCAUACAACAGCUGUGCAGGGUAGUACUGGUGGAGCCUUGUUUGUGCACAGAGAUACUCCUGAAAACAAUCCAGAUACUCCAUUUGAUUUUACACCUGAAAAUUAUAAGAGAAUAGAGGCAAUAGUAAACAACUUCCCAGAGGGACACAGAUCUGCAGCUGCGCUGCCUGUCCUUGAUCUAGCCCAAAGACAGAAUGGAUGGCUGCCUAUAUCAGCUAUGAAUAAGGUUGCUGAGGUUCUAAAGAUGCCUCCCAUGAGAGUAUAUGAAGUAGCAACCUUUUAUACCAUGUAUAAUCGUAAACCCGUUGGAAAGUACCAUAUUCAGAUUUGUACAACCACACCUUGUAUGUUGCAAGACUCUGAUGGCAUCUUAGAAGCCAUCCAGAAGAAGCUUGGUAUAAAAGUGGGAGAAACAACGCCUGAUAAACUCUUCACAUUGACUGAAGUGGAAUGCUUGGGUGCCUGUGUAAAUGCACCAAUGGUACAGAUAAAUGAUAACUAUUACGAAGAUCUGACCCCAAAAGACAUCGAAGACAUAAUUGAUGAACUACAGGCUGGGAAAGUUCCAAAACCUGGCCCAAGGAGCGAGCGCUUUUCAUGCGAGCCAGCUGGUAGACUGACUUCUCUGACAGAACCACCCAAAGGACCUGGUUUUGGAGUUCGAGCAGACCUUUAACGCUGUUGUACUAGUUGUAAAAAAAACCCCUGAUUAAUAAAGCUGAACUGUAGAUAGUGAAAA